GAUAUUAACGGGAUGCAUGGUUUAAAAAUGAAUUCACGCUUAAAAACAUUGGAGGUGCAAGGUGGAACAUUUUAAGCCAGGAGGCGUAUUCUUGUCAUUCAACCAUUCCCCUCUGUCAGGCUGUGCUUCCGUGUUUACACACCCACAAAAAAAACAGGACACCAGUGGCCGUCGGAUGAAUGUUUACCGAGCAGGCAUAGAGUAGUGGUGAGGGAAGUGACAGUCACACUGGAGGCUCGGUGAAUGGUGAAACGCAGGUGAUUUCAGCUUCCACGGUUGCAUUUUACAGCGGAAUGUUCACUCGAAGGGGGCAUGGAGACGUCAAGAAAUCUACACAGAAAGUUUUGGACCCAAAGAAGGAUGUACUGACCCGGCUCAAACACCUCCGGUCACUGUUAGAUUUCAUCGACAAGAGUGAACUGAAGGCGUUCUUCGAAAUCAACUGUUCUCAGAUUUAUUUUAUCUUCUAUGAAAGUUUCAUUACACUGGAGAGCAACCUAAAACAGAAAGGGAACAAAUCUCAAAGGGAGGAGCUGGACUCUAUCCUCUUUAUUUUUGAAAAAAUUUUACAACACCUACCAGAGAAAAUCUACAACCGUUGGCAGUUUCACAGUAUAGGUUCUAUUCUAAAAAAGCUUCUACACACUGGAAAUUCCUUCAAGAUCCGCUGUGAGGGGAUCCGUCUCUUCCUGCUGUGGCUGCAGGCCCUGAGGGACAACUGUGCUGAGGAGCAGUUCCUUAUCUUUGCCUGCCUGGUGCCAGGAUUCCCCGCUGUGCCCUCCUCAAGGGGGCCAUGCACUCUCGACACCAUCAUAUACAACCCCUUCUCCAACCCCCCUGAUGCAAAAGUGGUGCCUGAGGAGAUCACCCCGCUGGUUCCGGCUGUGGUCGGAGAAAAAGUUGCGGAUGAUCAGACAUGCUACAUCCUUGAAACCCUUCUCAAGUACAUGGUCAUCCAGGCGUCCAGUUUAGAAUGGAAGAACAAAGAAAACCAAGACACAGGCUUCAGGUUUCUCUUCAGCCUUUUCAAGAAGUACUACCUUCCACAUCUUUUCCCCUCCUUCACCAAGCAUACAAAUCUCUACAAGCCUUUACUAGACCUACCCCAUCACAGACCAAAACCCUUGUAUGUGCCAGUGACACGGAACAAUGAAAGCACCUUCUGUACCAGGGACCAGUACCUGGCACCCCGUGUGGCCUUCAUCACCUGGCUUGUCACCUUCUUCCUGGAGAAGAAGUAUGUCAGCAGUGCUGCCAUGGCGCAGAGCGCAAAGAACGGCACCGAGGUCAUUCCCAAACUCAUCCAGACUGUCACUGCAGGCAGUAGCAGCCAGGAAAAGGAUAAGACAUCAGAUGGGGAUCCCAAUGGGCCAGCGGGGGAGCCUGAGAAGAGCCACUCCAACAGCAGCACACUGUCAGAUCGACGGCCAAGUGAUUCCAGUUUGUGUAGCAUCGAGGAGGAGCACCGCUAUGUCUAUGACAUGGUGCAUGCCAUCCUGCUUUCCACCAGGGACAAUGUGAAUUUUGUCAAUGAGGUCUUCCAUCAGGCCUUCCUGCUACCGUCUUGUGAGGCAUCAGCAACCAGGAAGGUGAUCAAAGUGUACAGGAAGUGGAUUCUUCAGGAGAAGCCCAGCUUCAUGACAGAGCCUGAGAAACAUGCCAGGAUGGAUGAAGUGGACGACAGCUCUAGACAGAUUCUUAACACGGAGAUCAACAGCAUGCAUGUAAAGACAAUAGAGAGUCAUGGCCACAAGCGGUCCUCCAGCUGGGGAAGGACUUACUCGUUCAGUAGCGCCAUCAGUCGGGGAUUUCUCACAGAGGAGGCGAACAGGGAUGUCAAGGCUGGUAUCCAGCCUACACUACAGGUGUUCCUGACCAAUUCAUCCAAUGUGUUCCUGCUGGAGCCAUGCCAGGAUGUUCCUAAACUCCUGGAUAACCAGGUUGAAGUGUGCAAGGGUGUUCUCAGCAUCUACAGGCACAUGAUCAUGGAGCACACCAUGAACACACAGACAUGGGAGCAGUUGCUGCAGGUAUUGCUGAGGAUUACAGAGGCAGUGAUGAAGAGGCCACAGGAAAACCAAAGAAAAGACAGCUUUGCUGAAAGUUUAGCCUCUAUACUCUUCAGGACCAUCAUUGUGGCAUGGGUGCGGGCCAACCUUUGCGUAUUUAUCUCCCGGGAGCUAUGGGACGAGCUGCUGGCAGUGCUGUCCUCUCUUACCUGCUGGGAGGAGCUGGUGACAGAGUGGGCCAGCAUCAUGGACUCGCUGACGGCUGUGCUGGCACGCUCAGUUUAUGGCCUGGACAUGGCCAACCUGCCUCUGGACAAACUCAGUGAACAGAAGGAGAAGAAGCAGAGAGGACGUGGAGUGAUCCAGGACUCUCAGAAGGCGGCAGCUGUAGCACGUUCUUUCUCACUGAGUUGGAGGAACCAAGGGGAUCAGGGUGGGCCCGGAGUUCAGGAGCCCAUGAGAAUUCGUUCCGCCACUACGUCAGGAGCUCCUGGUGUAGAGAAAGCCCGUAACAACGUCCGGCAGAAGGCCUCCGAUGUUGAAGAGUGUCAGCUGUCAGAAUGUGGGGGAGAGGAGGAGCUUGGCGGGGAAAGUCCUCUACCACGUAGCAGCAGCACCUCAGACAUCACGCAUCAAGUGUCGGACACUUUACCAGCCCAGAAAAUAGAGUACUCCCCUUCUUCGUGUGGCUCUGAGAGCAGGACAUCUGAGGGAAGGAGAGAGAGUACCGAGCCACCAGUGAUCAUAAUCCGGCAGAGCAGCAGUCCAGCUGAGACGGAAUGCAAUUCUGAGGGACAUACAAACUACACUAGACCCAAACUCAGAGAGAAAAGCGAGAGUAUAAGCAGCGAGACGUCCAACGGCUACCUCAAUGAAGCUGAGGUUACCUGGCAGGCCUUUGAUGAGGAAGCCGAUACUCAAUCAACUCAGUCGGCCCACAUGGACGUGACAGCUGACCCCCAGAGCCAAGGGAGCUUACUUCUCAGCCACAAUGAGGCUCUUGCAGGUCCUGAGUAUCUCCAUCCUCCCCACUCUGCACCCCCGUCCUACCACCACCACAACCACUACCACUACCCCCAGAACCCACCUGCUUCACCAGCCCUUCUGGUGCAUACAGAUUGCCCGCAGGACUGCCCCCUGGAUGACAACAUGCAUCAGUCUGUCUUAAACAUGCCACAUCACUUGGAUAGUAGUGAGUGUCUUGCUGAUGAUGUCAGCAUCAUAGCAGGUGGGACCCUGACUGGUUGGCAUGCUGACUCUGCCUUUGUCCUGUGGAGGAGGAUUCUGGGUAUCAUGGGAGAUGUGAACAUCAUCCAAUGCCCCAAAAUCCACGCUAAGGUCUUUUCCUGUCUUUAUGAGCUCUGGCACAAGCUGGCAAAGAUCCGGGACAAUCUUGGGAUCAGCGUGGACAACCAGUCCUCUCCUCCCCAGCCAGCCUUCAUCCCCCCUCUUCGAAUGCUGGCUUCCUGGCUUUUUAGGGCCACCAUGUUGCCUGCCGAGUACAAGGCUGGUAAGCUGCAGGCCUACAAGCUGAUUUGUGAGAUGAUGACCAGGCACCAGGAUGUGCUCCCCAACAGUGAUUUCUUGGUGCACCUGUACCACAUUAUGCACAAGGGCAUCACCAGUGACGACCAGGAUGUUUUGAACACUAUGAUCCGUUCCUGCUCUCCUCGUUUCUUCUUCCUCGGCCUCCCUGGUUUCACCAUGCUUGUCGGAGAUUUCAUAACUGCUGCGGCCUGCAUUCUCAGCUCAGGCUCUUCAGAGGCUCCGAGGAUGGAGGCUCAGACAGUCCUUGGCUCCCUGGUGUGUUUUCCCAACCUUUACCUUGAGAUUCCUAUCCUGCAGCGAGUGCCUGGCUCUGAUGACAUCAUUGUGGGCAAUGAGGAUAUCAAGGAUUAUUUGAUCAACAUCCUGCUGGAGACUGCAACAAAGGAACACUGUGAAGGGGCCAGGUGUAUUGCCGUAUGCAGUCUGGGUCUGUGGGUGUGUGAGGAGCUGAUGCAAAAAGACAUCCACCACCAGGUUAAAGAUGCCAUCAAUGUUCUUGGAGUAACACUAAAGUUUGGAAACAAAGCAGUGGCUCAGGUAGCCUGUGACGUUUUUCAGCUGCUCAUCUCUCACUGGGAACAUCUCCAGAGGUUGGAGUCAGCUCUGCCUAAGAAAAUCAUUGAGAUCUUUGUGGCCACAAUAGCUUUUUUGUUGCCGAGCGCAGAGCACUCAACAGUGGAAGCGGACAAAAAGUUGAUGGUGUCCCUGCUGCUCUGCCUGUUGGACUGGUGCAUGGCCGUUCCUUUGAGUUUGCUCCUCGAACCCAUCACCACGCCUUUGCAGGAGAACUGCAAAUCCCACAAAGCCCCACUGCUGGACUAUAUCUACAGGGUGCUGCACUGCUGUGUGGCUGGCUCCAACCUGCACACCCAACAGAGCCACUACCUCCUCAGCCUGUCAGACUUGUCAACUGACUACGACCUCAUGUUGGGUCAGAUUAAGAGCUUCGAACCACCACCCUCCCAGACGACUAGCACUGACUUUGGCAACCUGCUUACUGUAGCUGAAGAAAAGCGACGUCGGAACAUGGAGCUGAUUCCUCUGACAGCGCGGAUGGUCAUGACACACCUGGUAAACCACCUGGGCCAUCAUCCACUGAGCGGUGGCCCCGCACUUCUCCACAGCCUAGUGAGCGAAAAUCAUGACAACCCGUACGUGGAAUCGUCAGAGCUGUCCUCUGAGGUCUUCAAAAGCCCCAACCUGCAGCUGUUUGUCUUCAAUGACAGCACACUGGUUUCCUACCUGCAGAUUCCGUCUGAGACCCCCGCUGUUGGACAGCCCCCUAAACCUUCUUCACAAGUGCGCGUCAUAGUCCGGGACAUCUCCGGCAAAUACUCAUGGGAUGGCUCUAUACUUUAUUGCACAACCCAGGACGACUUUGUAGACAUGGGAGUUUUUAAUUCAGUUGAUCACCCGCUGUCUCCCACCACCACAACGGUAACUCACUGCAGAAACCAGCCAAACUCUCCAACAAAGGGGUCACACAAAAGUAAAUGCUCAGUCUCAGACUCCCUCUCAGACUGCUGUGAGGAAGAAGAGGUCGAUAUUCUGGAUACGCUUUUGGAGGACCUGGGCCAUAGCAGCCCAGAAUGCCUGCCGCAGCCACAACUCAGGCUCAACCAGCCUGCAACCUCACCCCAUGGGAUGAACCUGGAGCAAGAGAGUGCCAUCCUGGAGGCCAUUUUGCGUCAGACUCAGCAGGAAGAGGAGCAAGUGAAAAGGUGGGAUGCUGAUGUAAGCUUUCGGGCUGCAUGCCAGAGGGAACCCUCUCCCCAGGAACCCAAAGCUCCUUUCUACUUCUGCCGGCUGCUGCUUAAUGACCUUGGCAUGAACUCUUGGGACCGCAGGAAAAGUUUCCAUUUGCUGAAGAAGAACUCUAAACUCUUAAGGGAACUGAAGAAUUUGGAUUCCAGACAAUGUCGGGAGACACACAAGAUUGCAGUGUUCUACAUUGGAGAAGGCCAAGAGGACAAGUGCUCUAUCUUGUCUAACAGUGCAGGCAGCCAGGCUUAUGAAGACUUUGUGUCUGGACUAGGAUGGGAGGUGGACCUGGCCACACACUGUGGCUUUAUGGGUGGCCUACAAAGGAAUGGCAGCACAGGUCUAACAGCUCCUUACUAUGCUACCUCCACCAUGGAAUCCAUCUUCCAUGUCUCUACGCGUAUGCCGUCUGAUUCUGAUGACUGCCUCACCAAAAAGCUACGUCACCUGGGAAAUGAUGAGGUGCACAUAGUGUGGUCAGAGCACACCAGGGACUACCGACGUGGCAUCAUCCCGACUGACUUUGGAGAUGUGCUGGUUGUCAUCUACCCAAUGAAGAACCACAUGUUUUUCAUCCAGAUCAUGAAAAAACCACAGGUUCCUUUCUUUGGGCCUCUGUUUGAUGGCGCCAUCAUCACCGGGACGCUGCUGCCAAGCUUGGUGCGGGCCACUUGUAUCAAUGCCAGCAGAGCUGUCAAGUCCCGGCUGACACUCUACCAGAGUUUCUAUGAAGAGCGAGCUCUCUACUUGGAGGCUAUUGUUCAGAACCACAGAGAGGUCAUGACCUUUGAAGACUUCGCCUCGCAGGUCUUCUCCCCUUCUCCUGGCUAUCCAAUGAGUGGAGCAGAUUAAAAAUAUCUUAAAGGUCCAUAUACUGUUUCUGGCGAAGGCUCCUUCACUGGCAGUGUGGGCACAGAAGCUGGAAGUACUGUAGGAACGACGGACUCUGUUGACCAGGUGUCUCCCACAAUGCCCCGGGCCACAAAGAACCGAGUUUCGGGAAAACUCCGCCGCUCAGCCAGUGCUAUAAGCAAAUCCUCCAACUGAGCUUUUGAACCUGUCCCCCUUUCCCCCCCUCCCGAUGCAGCCUUUAAUCUUUUCUGGAAGAACCUCAAACACCCAGCCGUGACUGCAAAAACUGUCUUGGUUUUUUAGUUUGUUUGUUUGGAGUGUCUUGUUUUUCUUUGUUUGGUUUUGUGUCAUAUUAACAUGUAACUGGAGCAUAUUGCAAUUUUUAAUUUAAGUGGCAAUCAUUGAUUUUGUUGAUACAUUUCCAUUUGUUGUGCUUGACUACUUAAUCUACAUGAACAUGUGACUAAGCUAUUUAUGUUCAUCCUGGUGGUUUCAGCUUAAGAAUCAGCCGCAUAGGAAGACUUGACUGAGAAGUCUUAAAACAAAUGUCAGUUUAAUUCUUAUUUUCUAGUGCAGUCUCGAUGCACUAGAGAGGGAAGUUCUUACUAUAGUAAGGGAAAGGGAGUCUGCUUUACCCUAUUUCUAUAUUGCAUCUAGCUCAACAUUUAAUGUAAGGAAGCACUGAAUGACACAGCUGUGAAUGGCAUCAUGCAAAAACUGCACAUGAGAUUGGUAUCCAUUAUAAACAUGUCUGCCUUUUUACCUCUUUCUGCACCUGCCACAACCUUUCUGUGUCAAAGAUACCACUCGGUCAGUGACAGGAUGAUGAUGUCCUGCUUAGUAGCACCAGUUGGGACCAUGUUUAUGGACCAUCUGCCUUCAGUGAAGAAACUAAUGCAUGGGGAAUACCUCCCCAGAAUGAUUUUUACUCCCUGCACUUCCUGUGCGUCGAGUCUCUCGUACGUGCAGCCAGUGUUUUAAUUGUUUUGAACCCAGAGUGGACAAUCAAUGAUGUCUAUCCUGCUUGUUGUUCUUCUUUUUUUUUAUCUCUAGUUUUCCUUUUUAAAUGAAUUCCGAUGGAUUAUGUCAUGAUUUGAUUUAUGCAACCUUGCUGGAAUGAGAAAAAACUGCGUUUGUAAUUGUUUUCUGAUGUCGUUAACAUGGGCUCAUGUCCGGUAAUUGAAUACGUUUCUCCUGUCUCUUUCCUCUGCUAUCAGUUUCCCUGUCUUCUAGAUCUAAGAAAUCGACAUUCCAACGUUUUCAGACCGACGUUUUUGCACUCACUGUCAUUGAUUAACUUGCAUCGAAUGUUUCUCUUUUUCCUUGGAUGUAAGUUGCUUUACGUUUCCAUGUUGAUGUGUAUAGAAAGGACUAUUUGAUUAAUUAUUUCCUCUGUUUUUGUUUUAUGUGUUCAUGUGCUAUUUAGAGGAAAAAUACCGCCAGAGCCUCAGGUGAAUCUUAACUCCAUGCACUGGUGUUUGAGUGUGAGUGUGUGCAUGUACGUGUGAGUUCCCAGGGGAGCUUCUUUCUCACAGUGCCUGUGUAAUGUCUGUCCUUUUAAGAUGCUGUCCUACACCACCCCUACUCCCCAUAAUCAGAUUUUAGUUUAUCUUCAUUGUCUGAGAAUAACCAUGGUCACUCUGCAUCACAUCUCCGUGUUAGAGGACUAAAACAAAGGCUUUUACUCCUCCGUGUGUCUGAAGGUCUGUCUCAUGCCUCGCACAACAAAAGCGUCAACAACAGAUGGACUUGAUCAUUGCAAUGAGCAUUGAGUCUUUAUUGUAAGUGGCGAGUUGCUCGGUAUUUAUCUGUGAAUGGAAUCAAGUGGCACCGACGACGACUCCUCUUUCCCAUGAUCCUCUCUUUUCCCCUGUUGCCUCCUGGUGAGCUGAAGGUGGCAUGCCAGAUCUGAACUUUUAACAACCGUCCCAGCAGCGACCUUCUCAAACCUGCCUGCUGAUGUUGUGGUAGCCAGGUGUCCUCCCACACACACAUACACAGUGACACUCACCCUCUGAGGGCUCCACCCAAGCUGCAACACUAUCCCCAUCUGUUGCACUACUAUGCCUUACUUUACCCAUGCUCUCCUGACACUCAGCUCUCAUCUUGCCUUCUUUUGUGAGUUCAUUCCCUGAGCAGAAACACAGGGGAUCCAAACAAUGGGAGGACUGACUCAUCUUUUUUCCUUUUUUUUUUUUUUUUUUUUCUUGUUUAUUUGAAGAAUGUAUAGAUAAAGUCUAAGCCUGGAUCACAGGCUGAUUUUUAUUUCCCCCAAUGCCACUUGAAGGAACCUCCCAGGAUGCUGAUAUAAAGAUUGUAGGUUAUAGAUGAUGUCUGUUGAGGGACCCGUGCUCCCCCUUUGGUGGCUUAGUUGCUGGAGUUGUUAGUUUGGACCAAGAUAAGGAUUGUGUCUUAUAUACGUGAAGAAAUUGAGCUGGUGUUAGUUCUAGUGUGUUUCUUCUUCUCUUCUCAUUUUAGAAAUCCUUGUACAUUGUGUCAAAUUUGAGGGCUUCUGCACCCUCUAAAUAUAAAUAUAUUAAAUAAUGCCUGUAAUAUAAUCUUUGUAUAAGGAAGAGGAAAAAAAAGCUUGAAGAUUUCAUCAUUACCUGUCAACAUAUCAAACUGUUUUUAAUGGCCGAAGUCCUACUAUCUUUAUUAGAAAUGUGAAAAUUGAAACAUUUCAUUAAAUCAAUUCGAAAUUCUACGCA